AUGCAUGACAACAACAAGCGUGACUAUAUCCGGCUACCCGACACUAUCUUACCCAAGUACGCCGACUUCGUCUACCAAGUGAUGCUCCGCGCGGUCAAGUUCCGCGCACAUUUGCACUGGCUCGACAGGGCCGACCAAGCGUGCCUCUUCUGCCCCGCGCACGAGACGUACCGCCACUUCCUCGUAGACUGCGACUUCAUCAAGGACGUGUGGAGCACGCUUCACGCCGUCACGGUCCCUUUUGGCGUGACCUUGCCGACUACGCUCUCCGGCUACCUCUACGCGACGCCCAAGACGGCGUCCAACAUGCACCAAGCCGCGUUCCGCUACCUCUGGCCCGUGCUCCGCGCCUGCGUCUGGUUCAACGUCUGGCGAGUCCGGAACGAUCGCGUCUUUCGCGCCGACCUACCGCUGCCAAGUCCAUGGACGAUUGCCGUCAAGGCGGCACGCGUCGCUCAACUGCACUUGCACCACAGCCUCGUACAAGAGCCCGAGCAGCCUGCUCUUCGUCGGCUUCUCCGGCUCCUCGCCCAACACGAGUGGCCGCGACGUCACCUCGUCCCGCGGAUUGCGCUCCUGCCUCCGCCUACCUAA